UUUGUUUAUAGGGAUGUAGUGUUCCAUGAAACUAUACUUCCCUUCAGACAUAAUUCUCCAUAAUUACACACAGAUUCCCCAAUGGUCUCUCCUUCGCCUGUUUACUCCUCCCCACCGAUUCAAAUGCCAUCUCCUCCAUCACCAGUCAUACCUUUUUCUUCUCCUACACCCUCUGAUGAUGGGGCAGACCUCUGAAACAGUUGAAUUGGCAUCCCCAGUAGAAGACAUCUCUAAAUCCCCAGUAGAAGAUAUCUCUGUUUCUUAUAGUGAACAUGACCAUGAAUUGGAACCUCAAGCAGAUUAUGAGGAACCAAUUGGUAGACCACUUAGACAACAUCAUCUUCCAGCUAAAUACAAUGAUUGUGAGCUUGAUCCAAGAAUGAACUUUGGUGGAUUUGGUUCUGUGGCAACAGUUUGCAUAUAUCCAGUUAACUUACAUGUGUAUCAUCUCAACAAAGUUGACAAGAGAUAUGCACCACAGAGUGUUUUGGCUUAGAUGGAACCAAGAUCAUAUGCAAAAGCUGUGAAGUAUAUUGAAUGGAAAAGAGCAAAAAGAAGCUGAGAUAGGAGCUUUGGAUGAAAUCAAACUUGGGAGAGAGUGUUGUUACCUCCAGAUAAGAGGAUGAUAGGGUACAAGUCGAUUUUCAAGAUCAAAUUGAAACAUGAUGGAUCUGUGGAUACAACCACACUACAACGACGAGACGACUACGUGAGUUAAGAGCAUAGCAUGGCACGAGAUUGGAACAAGAUCAGGUGAGGGAAGACUAGGUGAGACAAGAGAAGCACAAGAUCCACGACUAUCCGAGAGAGGUAGCUAAGCGAUUGAAGGAGCAACUACCACUGCGGAUUAUAGGGGAUUCAUUUUAGACAUCAUUCAAGACCUUAAAACCUCGAGAAGGAGCACAAUUUGGUUAAAGGAGCAGGGUAUUCCUUUUAAUAAAUUCCAUACUAUGGC